GUGAAACUUACCAACAGUGGAAAAGGGGCUGAGGCUGAAGCUGUCCGGACACUAUACCCCCCCACAGCUGGCCACGCUAAUGUCCGGACACGUUGUCCAGCGAUGAGGUCGUGACCUCCUGUGUUUGGGACGUGGCUCUAAAUGCAGCACCAAAUUCAAAAGGAGUGAAUAAAGUACAAUGUCCGGAUACAGACUCAUGUCGUGGUGCCAACACACCAAGAGGAAAUAUCAUUUCUAACCACAGCACCUAGGCUUCUUCACUCAAGCAAAAUUAGUUUUUCGUAGAUCACCGAUCAGUUCCCUGUUAUAGACGAGAGGCUCAGAACGAGCUGCUGUUAAACGAUUAUGGUAGAUAACCGAUAUGCCACCGCUCUGGUGAUCGGCACGGUGCUGAGCCUGCUGGCCACAGUGUACCUGUCUGUGGCGGUGGGGACUCAGCAGUGGUACCAGUACAGAAGUCCAGCGAUGAAACGAGAGCUCAGCAACCUCACUGGGCUCAAAGAUGAGUUCAGCAAUGGAGAGAUCGAUGAGAAAACCUACAGUGACAUCAUGUACCGGCAGAACGGCACCCUGGGCCUGUGGUGGAGGUGCAUUCUGGUGCCCAGCCCGUCUCACUGGUAUAAAGUACCUGAACACAAGUUGGAGACCCGGUGUGUGAGCUUCACUCUUCCCCAGCAGUUUACUCCAAAGUACAAAAACCCUGGAAACCCCAGCAGUGAAGAAGAUCUGCUGAGGACAUAUCUCUGGAGAUGUCAGUUUCUCCUGCCUUUGGUGUCGCUGGGCUUGGUUUUCCUCAGUGGCCUUGUUGGAGUCUGCGCUUGUCUGUGCCGCAGCUUCACUCCUACGAUUGGAGUGGGAGUGCUCCAUCUCCUCGCAGGUCUGGGAUCCCUGGGCUCCGUCUGCUGUUUCUUGGCGGGGAUGGAUCUGCUCCACCAGCAGUCCGUGCCACCAGAGGGAGUAGAGGGCUCGAUGGGCUGGUCCCUCUACCUCGCCCUCAUCUCCUUCCCUCUUCAGAUGAUGGCGGCUACUUUGUUCCUGUGGGCGGCGAAGAGCCACCGCAAGAGCUACACCCGCAUGACCGCUUACAGGGUCGCAUAAAGGAGCGUGAGGCUACUCUAACAGCAGGGUGCAGUACCUUCACACAACCUGCUGGUCUGAGGACGUCAUUACACUUCUUUUGUCUAUAUCAGAAAGGAUGUUGACUGUUUCUUAUAGACCUAAAGUAAACCAGACCACUAAUCAUCAUAAGUGGUCUUUUAUAGGGAUGUAAUAUCUAUGAGUUCUUUUUUCUCACCUUUAUUUGAACCCAAAGCAUGCUCUGUGUAUUUAAACACCCAGUUGAGGAUCAUUGGUUAUUUCUGGUGUUGUUGCUGUGCCGUACUUUAUUGCCUUCUUUUCAGUUGCCAUUGAUUUUAACGCUGCUCACCACAUUGCUCUUAUAUCAGCAAUAAACACAAUAACAUGCACUGUGACAAAUAACUCGCCCGUUCUUAAAUAAGUCGGGAUAUCUUAGUCUCAAAGUGCAUGAAAAAUAUUAUAACAGACUUUUUAUUUUUUUCUAUUUCUGCUGGUUUUUGUUCUGUUCUAAUUUAGCAUUGUGUUAAAUAUGGAGCCUUUGCUGUGCAUGCCUUUUUAAAGCUGACAUUUCCAUCACCUGUGGUAUUUGUCGAUUUCUGUCUGUGGUGUGCGUCGACUAAAUGUCACUAAAUGUCACUCACUAAAAAUAUAACCACUCAUCCUCCAUUGUCACCCGUGUUUAUAGAUCUAAUAUUUAUUAAGUCGGUUAGCGUUUUAAAAGAUUACAAUUUAAAUGACGCCACUCUAGAAAAAAAAAACCUGUGAUACUUAGAUAACAUUUAGAUUUUAAUGUUUCAGCCCCAAACUGAACUGCUGCCAUUUGUACCUUUGUAUCGAUGGAGUGCUUUUGUCUGUUAAUCCCACACACGCUGUCUCAGCCGUUACUUGACUUUUAAUUAACUGACCAGGUUCGACAGACAAAUGCAGGUUUUACAGGAAUUGUUAAGUCUAAAAUGUUUAUUGAGACUUCGAACAACUGCAAAAAUCUUCUUUUGCAAGUGUGAAUCCUCCUGAUUCUAUAACUUUAUACUCCCGGAUGUUUGUGUGUGGAAGUGAACAAAUUACCUUUGUUUUUUUUGUGAAUCAUAUAUCAAAACGACUCAUUGUAUCAGUGGCAGAAGACAAAUUGUGAUGUUUUUUGUAUCACAGUGUUUUGUUACACAUCUAAUGUGUACACACUGGCUUUUGUAAAUGUUUGUAUGUAUUCAGAUGCACACUGUUCUGGAUUCUGUAUUAAUAAAUUUGAAAUUUGCUGAC